AUGUCCUACGAGUUGGAUGCUGCCGAGAUCGGCAUGGAGUACCUGUUGGACCUGGCUGAGGAUGCGGUGAAAGACUGGUUCAACAAACAGGUUGAUACAAUGAAAGACCAGAUGGCCAAGGAGGUGCAGUCCAAGCUUGCGGGCGUCCUCGAGGACAUGCUGCGCAAUACCGGGCUGGACAAGGUCUUCAAGGACCUCAUGGGCGUCACAGAUCCAGGCAAGGCGCUUUGCAAUGCAGCAGUGCCUCCUCUGGAGACUGUCGUUUUUGGCCUCUUGGACGAGUUCCGCGAG